AUCACAACACCGAUGGCUGCAUGUUUGAAGUGCGUUCAUAAGUACGCAAAGAGCAACAAACCGCAGAGACAAACGCGGGUUGUAGUCCCAUACGUCUGCACUUGCGGGCUGGCGAACCGCGGCGCCAUCGCGAGAGAACUACAUUACCCAGCGGCCCCUACGCGCCAAUUAGAAACGUCAACGAGCCAGUGAACAUUAAGCGGAGCAGACCAAAAUCCCAAACAAGGAAAUGGUGGGGGAAUAAAACGAGCAGAUUAUUUAAUUAAUGCAUGUAAUAAUUAAUAUUUUAUUUUAUUGUAAAUUAAGGCGUAUUUAUGGGUUGAAAUGGAUUACGACUUCAAAACAAAGCUGGCGGCCGAGAGAGAGAGAGUAGAAGAUCUGUUCGAAUAUGAAGGUUGCAAAGUGGGUCGAGGCACCUACGGGCACGUUUAUAAAGCUAAGCGCAAAGACGGGAAUGAUGAGAAGGAGUACGCACUGAAACAAAUUGAAGGCACUGGAAUAUCGAUGUCUGCCUGCAGGGAAAUCGCUCUGUUACGAGAACUGAAACACCCAAAUGUCAUUGCCCUGCAGAAGGUGUUUCUGUCCCACAGUGACAGGAAGGUUUGGCUCCUCUUUGACUACGCUGAGCACGACCUCUGGCACAUCAUCAAGUUCCACCGCGCCUCUAAGGCCAACAAGAAGCCCAUGCAGCUGCCCCGAGGGAUGGUGAAGUCUCUCCUGUAUCAGAUUCUGGAUGGGAUCCAUUACCUCCAUGCCAACUGGGUUCUCCACAGGGAUCUGAAACCGGCUAACAUCCUGGUGAUGGGGGAAGGUCCCGAACGAGGAAGGGUUAAAAUCGCUGACAUGGGUUUCGCCAGACUUUUCAACUCUCCGCUCAAACCGCUGGCGGACCUCGACCCCGUGGUGGUGACCUUCUGGUACAGGGCCCCCGAGCUGCUGCUGGGGGCCCGGCACUACACCAAAGCUAUCGAUAUUUGGGCUAUUGGUUGCAUCUUUGCGGAGCUGUUAACGUCGGAGCCCAUAUUUCACUGUCGCCAAGAAGACAUCAAGACCAGUAACCCCUUCCAUCACGACCAACUGGACAGGAUAUUCAGCGUCAUGGGUUUCCCUGCAGAUAAAGACUGGGAAGACAUCAGGAAGAUGCCCGAGUACCCGACACUGCAGAAAGACUUCAGACGAACAACGUACGCAAACAGCAGCUUAAUCAAAUACAUGGAGAAGCAUAAAGUCAAACCAGACAGCAAAGUGUUCCUGUUGCUGCAGAAACUCCUCACCAUGGACCCCACCAAAAGAAUCACAUCAGAGCAGGCGCUGCAGGACCCCUACUUCCUGGAGGAUCCUCUACCAACCACUGAUGUGUUCGCUGGGUGUCUGAUCCCGUACCCCAAACGAGAGUUCUUAAAUGAAGACGAACCGGAGGAGAAAACAGAAAAGCAGAACCAGACCCAGCAGCACCAGCAGACCACCGGCCAGACUCAGGCACAGAACCAGCAGCAGGCCGCGGCCCAGCAGGCACCGUCCCAGCAGAGCUCGGCCCAGACCAACGGCACCAGCGGAGCUACAGGGGGGGCAACCGGCGGGGGUUUACAACAUGGCCAGGACCAGGGCCCCCCUAACAAGAAACCUCGGAUCGGGCCCUCUGGGGCCUCCUCAGGCACUGGGGUGCUUCAGUCAGAGUACCAGCACUCCGGCCCCCGCCUUGGUUACCAAAGCAACGUCCAAGGUUCCACUCAGCCCCAGAGCACCAUGGGAUACACGUCGUCCUCCCAGCAGAGCUCCCAGUACUCCCACCAGACCCACCGUUACUGAGGCUCCGGCUCAAUCCUGAACCAGCAGAGGAGUCAAACUCCUCCUCCUCCUCCUCCCUCGGCAGACGCCAUCGCUCCCACUCUGCUCUGACCCCUCCCCCCCUCUGAGUGUAAUAUCUCAUCAUCCCUCCCCUUCACCUCUCGCUCACCUCUGACCCCCCCCCUCCCUGACCGCCUUCACCAGCACUGGAACAUGAAGGCAAACAAACAUAGGAACCAAAAAGAAGACAAAAUCUAACGAGGAGUUGCGCCUCGUCGGGCGGGGGGAACGACUGAAAAUAUUGUAAGAUAGACGGCGAUGAAGCGUCACUCACACAGACACCGGACUGUGGCACUUAGAAAAACGCUUCAUAUGUUCAUAUAUGUACAUUACAUAGCACCUUUUUUUCUAUUUCCUUUGAUCGCUCUCAUUUAUUCGCUCAAGUUUUCGAGUUAAUUGAUGUCAUUGUAAAUACUGUAACAUACGGAGGCGAUGGGACGAAAUGAGAAGCCCGGAGUAGAAGAGCCCUUUACCGCCAACCGCUUAGAGUGAAAUCACCUUCAGAAGAAUCAGAAGAAACGUCUGAGCUGACCCCCCCUCCUCUCCAAAAAAACACUCGCAUAUUUCUACAAGGACACAAGUCGGCUCCUCAGCUGGCGCGGAUGCAGGGAACUAUUUCAUGUGCAAUUUGAUGUAAUCUUCUUAUCAUAGGGUUUCUACAUUUAGACACCUUUCUCUCGUCUGGGGUUUGGGAAGUAAGAAAAGUCUUUUGACAUUUAUUCUGAAUCACUCCGCUUACCUUUUAGAGAUAAGAAACAUUUCCACCACAGAGCUUCGUUUUCCUCCUGUGGACUGUUUUCUGUCCAGGACUCUUUGCUCUGAUACCCGUCUUAUCGGGGACACCCUUCAAGACUUUCAAGGUUUCUGAACACGAGCGUGCGCAUAAACGUACAGGGCAGCUAACAGUACGCCCCCCCCCCCCCCCCCCCCCCCCCCCCCCUAUAUGCUUCUUGAGACUGUUACUGCCUGAUGUCAGAUUGUUCUUUGUUUUUUAAGGUUUUAUUGUUUUUAUUGUUGCCCAGAGGGUGUGUGUGAGUGUGUGUGUGAGUGUGCGCGUGAGCGUGUGCGUGAGUGUGUGUGUGCGCGCGUGUGUGUGUGUGUGUUUAUCUUUUCACUGUCUAGAACUGCACUGAGCGCUCUGCACCUGGUCUGCUAAGAGCUGGAACAAACGUGGGGUGAGUCAAGCUGUUUGAACGUUUGUCCUCUUCCACUCCGGCCACACACUGAGCUGGCGUAGUGUCAACACCGAGGCUCACUCAGAGACCGUCGCUGCGCUCUUUAAUACAAGCCGACACUCAGUAACAUGAUGUGGCUGUCCCGUGUAAAUCACCCAUGCCCCUUCUGCUAUACUCUUUUGUAUUCCGCCUUGAAGUCAUCUGGUUUAUCAACAUCAUCAUCACAUCUGUUUGAGUUCAUCCAUGAGAAACUCUCUCAUGGCUCUUUCUUUUUGGGACUCCCUUAAAACACAGUAUUGGGCUCGGGGCCAAUACUGCACUCAUAUUGUGUGAACGUUUACUGCUCGUACCUACACUGCAAGCUAGCGCACGCUAGCACAAGCUAAUGCUGGUGUUUGUCACCUACCUGUCCAACAGAAAGCAGACUAACUCCACGUCUGCGGGUACAAAGCCGACCUAAGGAAACGUCCUGAGCAGCCUGCUAACAAAAGGUCCAGCUGGGUGAAAAUCUGUGUUUUAAGGGAGUCAGGUUGAUAUCCAGUGUUGCAGCCGCCCUCGUUUCCAAUAUUUGUGCUAAGCUAAGCUAACUGUACAUUCAAAAAAAGAGUACAGACACAAGAUUUAUAUUCAUCUUUCCAAACUCAUGGACGAAGCUGAGAAAAGUCAAACUUAAAGUUUUAUCACUUUUUUGGUCCUGCUUCACGUCAGGAGGAAAUAUUGUUAUUAGAUACUCCACUCAUGAAAAUGUUUACUAAAUAACAUGAAGUAUUUCUACAGGAUAAAGCACAUUUGUCCUCUAAUUUGUGUUACUCCAGAUAUGAUUUUCAUCACAAAGUUAUUAAUUUUAUUUUUAAUUUUUGGGGGGCAUUUUGUGCCUUUAUUGGAGAGAUAGGAGAGUGGAUAGAGUUGGAAAUCAGGGAGAGAGAGAGUAGGGAAUGACGAGCCCCAGGUCGGAUUCGAACCCAGGCCGCCCGCCUGGAGGACCACAGCCUCCACACAUGGGGCGCGCUCUCAUACCACUUUGCCACCAGCGCCCCAUCACAAAGUUAUUCGAUAGAGAUUGAUUGUGGUUGUUGUAAAAUUUGAGACUGAACAGUCUGACAGAAUAUCAAACAUUUUAAAUCAACUGUAGCUGAACCAAUAGGAUUGGUAUGCUAAUUUAUUUUACCCACCAUUGAAUUAGUUACAGACCUCACUGAUCCUGCCUGGUCACGAGUGGCCUCUGUGCAGGUCGUACUAAAGAACGCACCCAAAGGCUCGACUGUAACUGGGAGUGUGUGUGUGCUCCUGCACAGGUCGAGGCAACAUGUUGUGUUAGGGAACACUGACACCUGGUGGCUGAUAAGAGAACUGGACUUUUGUUUUCUAUGAAACUCAGAAGUGAUUAUUUUGUUAACCUUUGUGAGCUCGACCUUCUGGGUCUUCAAAGUGCAGAGCGAGUUCCCUAUCCACUGGUUUUAAAAGAGUUUUGUUACCUUACGUAAAUUAUUGGUGGUCAAAUUAUUGGUGCAGAAAGUGUCCACCAGUUAUUAAAAGACGUUUAAUGUUUGCACCUUUAUAAGAUUAAAAAAAAGCUGUUUCAUGGAUUUCGCCUGAAAUUAGAAACAUUUCAAAGGACCAAUAUGUAAGAUACAGUAUGUAGUGAAUGAAAUGAUAAAGUGACCUUACUAUAUGAUCAGACAUUAAUGAAACAUGCUAUGUUGAAGUGCUGGCUUCUCUGACAACAAUGCAGCAGUCAGUAUGUCCUCCUUCUAACUUUAGAUUCUGGUCCUGAAUGCUCUGGAUUUGUUUGGACCAGAGAAGCUAGGCGGUUUUAAGACACCCCCACACGGCCGUUUAGGACGCCCCUCGGUUUGCCAGAUAUGAGAGCAGUUAUCAGGUCAACAGGUGUUGCAGUGAUGGAAGUGUUCAAGAGAAGUGGUUCAGAUAGAAGUGAUUGUACCCGACCUAAAAAGUCUCUGCAUGUUUCUAAUAAGCUCCACGAGCAGAAACAUGAUCAAACUAGGAUCAAUAUUGGAGAUGCUUUUGAAAAAUGGAGAGAGGUUAGAACACAGAAAGGUUUACAGACCCAUGCAGAGCUGGAUAAACACUGAAGCUUCAGUGUCCACCACAUGGUGACCUGUGUGAGCAUCGACUCUAGAGAGGAGGGGGUGGGGGGGAAGACAGCUCUCUACAAUGUUUAGAAUUUUGACUGCAGUACCCAUUUUAAACACUAGGUGUCACAGUUACAUAUUGCUCCUUUAAAAUGAGCUCCUCGUAGUGAGUGUAGUUCCAGUUGUUCCGUCCAUCUUGUGGUUGAGAUUCAGGAGCUCACAGUCUGUUCAGUUAAACAUGACGGGGAUCAAAACCAGCAGCUAUUCAAAGGUUUUCUCCUCCCUCAAGUGUGUAUUUGAAAACAGAAUGAGUAGCAGCGAUGCUCAUUGUGUGUAUUUCUCUCUCUCUCCACACACAAGCAAGUAUUACUGAGCGCAGCGAGGCUCCAGUGGAAGACAAGUUACUGUCAAACUACUCCUAUGCAAAAUAAAAAGAUAAAAUUAUCCCAGACUAAAGCUUGCACUGAGGACGCUUCGGUUCUGCAGACAACAGCUUUGAGAGUAUUUCGAUGGCUGGUAUGUAUUAUUGUUUGUGUAAUGUUGAGUACAGACAGCAGCGCUCUCUCGUGUCCUGUGUUUCCACAGCGUUUUGAAAUGUACUCUAAAUGAAUUAUUGUAAAGAAAUGCAUAUAUAUGGAGAGUGUACAAUCAUAUGUUGCAUACAUACUAUGAAUACUACCCACCUGUCCUCUGCCUUAACUACAGUAGCUACAAAAAGGGACCCUGUUGUUUCAGACGUAUUGUCUUUCUGUACGAGCUCACGACUUCAUGUCACUGAAUGUGUCACUGCCGCCUCACAGGACAGUAGAAUGAAGGUGACGCCAUUGUUCGGGAUCCCUCACCUGCCUCUGGUUUCAAACUUCACUGUGUCGCUGUUUGAACAGGAAUGAGAAAGAUCCACCUCUUUUAUUUGUGUGGAUGGUGCCUUUUUUUAUGUCGCUCGUCUGAGGAUUUCCUGAGAAUCUGUUCAGAUUUUUUUUUAUUUUUUUUUUUUACUUUUUUUACUUUGUGAUUUUAGUUUGUUGUAAAUAAGAAGUGGACGUAGCCACAGCGGUGUCACCAGUUGGUUUGUGGACUAACGCUUUAAGAACUUGUGAUCUCGUUCAGAUCAGUGGGUGGAUACACGUCGCUCUGCCUCUCAGUGGCCGCUAAUUUUCAAUAGCAGGUGAUCUAGAGCAGGGAUGGGCAACUUUGGUCACACAGCAACAUACAGAUUAGUUUGCCAAAUAUACCCGGAUGUCGUACUGAUUCAGGAAAAAAACUACAGUAUGCAUCAGACCAGUCUCCCAAGGGUACUGUUUCCCAAAAUGCAAAGCGCCUGGUCAGAGAUCAAAAUGAUCAGAUCAAAUCACACAAAGAUACCACUCAUCAGACAACUGGAAACCAGUUUAGCCGGCCUGGUGUACUGUAAAAUAACCAGUGACUGGCAGACAUACCACAUACUACCAUCUAACAUAACAUGGGGUAUGCAGUAUGUCUGGCAUACUGCAUACCCCAUGUUAUGCUUCUUUACAGUAUGACUUCUUUUUGGAACCAGGAGGGGUUUCCCCUGCUGGCCAUUAGAAAGAAUGCAGGUUUAGGAGGUUACCAUAAAACUCUAAACGACUGGUUCUCAACUGGUCUAGCCUCAGGACCCACCACCAACUCCUUCGUGAAAAAUCAUGACCCAAAUUCCUGAAAUUUUCAACCAAUCAGAUUGAUCAAUUUAACGAAAAAAAUUGUGCCGUUUGACCUACAGACAAGGUCUCAGCGACCCACCUUUGGGUCCCAACCCACCAGUUGAGAAACACCGCUCUCGGCUGAGUCCACUUCUUGUGUACAGUCUCUGGUUUUCACGCCUCUUUUGUACGAUACUGGGUCUGUUUCAUGUGUCUUCUCUUUUCCUCAUUAACUAUGUAGCAUAUUGUUAUUUACACGAUGUGGAAACUAGCAGCUAAAUAUAUCGUCUAUUUAAUUUCAGCGUCUCGACUCGAAAGACUGCAAACAAUCCUGACGGAGGAUUAUCUCUCUGUUUCCUCUAAUGUUAGAUAUCGUCCUCACGCAUUACUGAAGCGCAGUUAUUAGUCUGUUUUGAAAUGCUGUACAUAAAAAACACAUUUUAAGAGUUUCUCGUUGAGAUACAAUAAUUGUCUUUCAAUGCACUGUUGUUGCUCAAAUAUUUAGUCGUAAAUAAAAAAAAAGUAUUUAAUGUUUUUUAAUGUCUCGCUUUUAGACACUAACGUUCUGGCAGUGUGAGGAGAGUUAUACAGCAGAUGAUGCUCGUGUGUGUGUGUGUGUGUGUGUGUGUGUGUGUGUAGAUGUGGACAGACAAACAUUAGUACACGCCUAUAUGGAUCUCGUGCACUCUCACAUUUCCUCUUUUUUUGAUACGACUGCAUUUGCCUCUCUUUUUCAAACACAAGCACUUUCAGCAGUUUGUACAGACAGACACUCAGCCUGCUUUCUGUGACGCCUUCAAUGGCCGUUGAGCAAACCAUUUCCCACACAUUGUGUCACAAAUGUCUUCACAGGAUUUUCCUCAACAUUGUUUGAUAUGAUUCACUGAUGUAAUCCUGCAAAGUCUAAGGCUGUAUCCCAAACCCUUACUGAACGCUGCCAACUAUACUCAAAACAUACACACGGCAUACUAACCCGACUGUUAGCAUGCCGUUAGCAACAUACUAAAAUACGGGUCACACAAAUUACUUCUGGUCUUUGUUCAAUGAGCUAGCAUCAAGCUAGCUAGCAUGACCGUCGGUCCGUAAAUAUAAUUCAACCAUAUGUGAACGUUCAUUACUAAUACAGCUACGUGGUCAUUUUCAUUUCAUUUGGCAACAUGUAAAAAUGUAUUUCAACACAGAAUUUUUAUUUUAUGCUGCUGGUGGGCUGGCCAGACAGUCUGAGAGCCGCAGUGCAUUGUGGGCCGGUUAAGUAUGACCGGGGUGCUCCUGUUUCAUACUUUAAAAUAGGGCGCCACAGGAAUGAGUUCUAAAACCAGGAAGUAAGUUAGCAUUUUAGCGCCAAGGGGUCGUUUGCCUCAAACUCAAAGGGUUUUUUGAAUGGGUCUGAAAUAAGAUCUGUAUUUAACACAAGCACAAGAGAUGUUCUUGUUUUGUUGUACGACAUAAAACACGUUAGUGAAUACUUGUGUCCAACAAGUGGCUAAAUGAAACUGCAGCCCAGUGGUCAGGACAUUAAAGGUCAUCGUCUCCAUUUGAAGUGACAGUUAGACACAAGCAGUCAAAACUGCAUGUUAGCUUGUCGGAGACAUCCUGAGGCAUAGUGGUGGUCACGUUGAAGCCAUGCGAACAUGGUGUAGCUCGCUAUAGCAUAACUUUACCCUCAAACAUCAUAAAAGUGGUGUUCAUUUGUGAAGAUAAACGUGUGUUUGACACAAAGCGUAUUUUCUGCAAUGAUCCAAAUCCCAGAGGCUUUAUUCCAAAAGACCCCAUAGCGAUGAUAACUUAACCGGGUUGGACUCCAAA